CUGUUUACGUGCCGUACCGGUCACCAUGGCUCCGCUUCCGGAUCUGUGAGAGCAGUGUUGCAGUGCGGUGCAUUCUACUAAGCCAUGGCGAGCUCUGGAUCUGCAUGUUCACCCACAGCGGACUGCAGGAUGGAAGCAGAGUUUGCUGUCCCGGCACAAGUGGAGGCGGCGGGCAAGCAGAUGGCAGAGUUUGCCCGGCAUCACUGCUCAGAAGGCCGGAGGGUGGUCCUGGUCACCUCAGGAGGCACCAAAGUCCCCCUGGAGUCCAGGACUGUUCGUUUUUUGGAUAAUUUCAGUAGCGGGCGGCGGGGUGCCUCGUCAGCUGAGUAUUUCUUGGACUCUGGCUAUGCUGUGAUCUUCCUGCACCGCCACCACUCCCUCUACCCGUACUCCCGGAAGUAUGCUGGCGUGAACCUGCUUGACACUCUGAGGGCCUCCCUGGAGCAGGGGCCUGGGUGCAUCUCGCACAGGGUGGAGGUGGACCAGGGCAAGCUGCCUCACAUCGUCUCUGUCCUGCAGCGCUAUCAGGCUGUGAAGGAAGCACGGCUCCUGCUGGCAGUGGAGUUCAAUACGCUCUCGGAGUACCUACAUCUGCUCAAGGCAGCUGCACAGGCUCUCAGUCCAAUAGGGUCCAAUGCCAUGUUUUACCUGGCUGCUGCUGUUUCCGAUUUCUACAUUCCCGCUUCGGAAAUGCCUGAACACAAGAUCCAAUCCUCCGAUGGGCCUCUGCAGGCAGGACAACCCCAUUCAUUAUUAGGAAGUGUGAUCACUAUGAAGAUGGUUCCAAAGAUGCUGUCCCCCUUGGUGAAGGACUGGGCACCCAAGGCGUUUGUGAUCUCCUUUAAGCUGGAGACUGAUCCGUCCAUCCUGGUGGGGCGCGCCCGCAGAGCGCUGGACAUGUACCGGCACCAGGCUGUGGUAGCCAAUGUGCUGGACACGCGGCGGGGCUACGUGGUGAUCGUGACCCGGGACACCCAGACUGAGCUGCUGCUGUCUGACGAGGAGGAGCAGAGGGAGGUGGAGAUCGAGGAGAAGAUAGUCAGCAACCUGUCCACAGCUCACACCAGCUUCAUAGAGGAGCAGGGCUAAAGAUACUGGCCUAAAAGCGUUUCAACAAAGGGUCUUUACAAGACGUCAACAUGUCUUUAGAACUUCGUGAAGGCUCUUGUUGGAACAAUUGAGUGAGUUUUAGUGUUCAAAUUAGAUUCGCUCCUUCAGGAUGUGUUACACCAGAGCUGUCCAGUGCUGUCCAGGUUUAAACAUACGGUAAAAUGUAAAUGUGUCA